AUGCCGGCACAGCUGCUCCAGCUCCACUGCAAGGCCUUCCUCGAGCUCGACCUGUGGCGCGAGCGGCUGCGCGGCCGCGUGCUCAUCACGCUGCGCGCGCCGCUGCCGCCGGAGCUCUGCCUCAACCUCGGCAGCAGCGCGUCAAUCGAGGCCGCUCGGCUGACGCCGCACGGAGGCCGCACUGUCACCCUGAGCCCAGAGUCGCUGCCGGUGCGUGCGCUGGUGGACGAGGUGGUGCCGCAGCGCUGGAGUGCGACGCGCGACGCCGGGUCGUUCGAGCGCUGCCACGGCGCCGCGCUGCACGCAUCGGGCGAUGGCGACGUGCGGCUUCGGCUGCCCGCGGAGCUCGCCGAGGCCGCGGGCGGCGAGGAGGCGGCGGAGGGCGGCGCCGUGCUCGACAUCGAAUACACAGUCGACGAACUCAGUGGCGCCAUCCACUUUGCUCGGCGCGUGCGCGGAGGCGCCGCCGCCUACGCCCACACUGUGCCGCAAGCGGGCGCCGUCCGGCGCUGGCUGCCUUGCGCCGACGUGGCGACGGCGCGCUGCUCGUAUGAGCUCCACCUGGCACUCGCCGAGCCGCCCGAGGGUGCCUGCCCCUCGCCAGACGCGCGCCCGCGAGUGGUGGCCUUUGGGAGCGGCACUCGCGUCGGGCCUCCGCCCUCGUGGCCGCCAGAGUGGUUUGGCGGCGGCUCCUCGUCGUCCUCCUCCUCCGCCGCCGCCGCCGUCGCGCCGUGGGCGCACUGGAGCUGGUCACUGGAGCGGCAGGCGCUCGCGAGCGAGGUGGGCUUCCUCGUGGGCCACGAGGCGGCGCUGCAGAGCUGCAGCCACCCGACGGAGGCCGGAGAGCCGCACGGGCACCUCGUCGUCGCCGCGCUGGAAGGGGCGUACUGCGAGUGCGCCGCCGUCGGCGGGCUCGUGCUGCUGGACGCGUCGCUGCUGCACCUACCCGCCGCGAUCGAGCCAGCCAUCUCGCUGCGGGUCGGCCUCGCGCGGACGCUCUGCCGCUCCUGGGUGCGGGCGGGCGCGCGGCUCGACUCGGAGGAGGACGCGUGGCUCGCGAUGGGCCUCGAGGGCCGCUUCGCCGAGAAGUACACCGCCGCCGCCUUUGGCAGCAGCGAGGCGGAGCUCGAGCGGUGGGGCGGCGGCCUGCACGAGGAGCAGCGGUGGAGUUGGCUCCGCCUUCUCAAGGCGCCGAUGGAGGAGCGCAGGCCGACCGACGGCGUUGCGGCGAUGGCGCAGCUGUACGGCCGGCUGGUGCCGCUGCGGCCGUGGCACGCGGAGCGGCCGCUGCGCUCGACGCGCGCCUUCUUCGAGGCGCGCCGCUACGGCCUCGACCUCGACGCCUUCGAGACGCAGUGGGUGAGCGAGGCGCGCCCGCCGAUCACGCUGCGCGCCGGCUUCUCGUACUCGCGCAAGCGCUUCGUGGCCGAGGUGGCCGUUGUGGACGCAGCCGACGGCGCCGUCUGCCGCAAGCGCAAGUUCGCGCUGCGCGAGCCGGCGCGGCUGCUCGAGAGGGCUCGAGUCGUGUGGCCCGCGCGCGAGGACCGGCGGUGGGUCGGUACGCCCGAGUUCAUGGCGCGCGAGCAGCUCGAGCACUCGCGGCACGUGGGCGCGCAGAUCGAGGCGACGCACUCCCUCGCCUCCUUCGGCACUGGCACGGCGAUCGCCGCCCUCGCCGAGCGGCUGAGCGACGCGCGCACCUUCCACCGCGUGCGCGCCGCCGCGGCCUCCGCCUUGGGCGAGCUCAUCUCGCCGGCGGACGACUUCGCGGCGCUGCAUGCCCUUGCGCGGUACGUGCGGCGGCAGCACUGCGACGGCACGGGCCUGCUGCUGCCGCUGCAGUUCGUGCCGCUCGACGCCGCCGACGAGGACGAGAUUGCGGGGCGGCUGGGCCACUACCUCACCCUGCGGGCGGUGGUGGAGGCGAUCGGCCGCGCGCGCGACGGGCAGGGCCACACGCCCGCCGCAGCGCUCUCGCUGCUGCACGAGCUCCUCGACGAUUCGUCCAACGCCGCGAACCCGUGCGACGAGGGCUUCCUGCUCGGCUCGCUCGUCGAGGCGCCGGCAGCGAGGCCCGAGUGGGGCCGCACCCCUCCCGCCCUCCUCUCACGCGUCUCUCCCCGAAUCUACGCAGGCCACGCCGACCCGAGCGAGCCCGGUCGGCGAGCGGCGCCGGACGUGCGGCUGCGGCUCGUCCUCUGCCGCGUGUGGCGGCUUCUCUUUGGUGCCGACGCCCCGGCCUGCCUCGGCGCGCCCACAGUGGCCAUCGGCCCUCGCGAGGUCCUUCCCGGGUACGUGCCGCCCUACCUCGAGCGCAAGAAGGCGGAGCGCAAGAGGGCGGCGCACAUCGCCGCAGAACAAGAACGGACGCGCAAGGCAAAGAAUGUCCUGAAGCUCGCCACCACAGCCACGGGACACAUUGUCCACGACCGGCACAACAUGGGGCAGCAUAUUGAGGCCAUCCUCUACGAGGAGGGACUCGAGUGGAACGUCGAAGGCGCGCUGCCACCCUUUGUCAAGGCCAUCCGCAAAAAAGUGGAUGACUAUGAGCGCCGCGCCGAGGGCAAAAUCACCUUCGACAACGAUCUGGUCGAGGCGGCGUUGCCAGCCGUGCUUGCCCUGCCCGCGGGUGCGCCGCUGGGUGAGGGGCCGCCGCGUGCCGCGUCGCCGCCGCCGCAGCAGGGGCUGGUGAUCAAGCUGAAGAUCUGAUGUGCAGAUUUUCUUUAUUUUCUGUCUUGCGUCUU